CCCGGCCGUCAUGUCUUCCCGCGCGCCCUCCCUCUCCCCCGGCCGAUCGCCCCUCCCCACCAGCUUGGCCUUUCCUCAACGCCCCUCGACAACCUCCCCCAUGCACAUCCCCCCCUCGCCCGGCCGGCCAGCUCGUCUGGGAGGCACCGGCCCGCUCCAGGACCUGAUCCGGGACAUUCACCUUGCCCCGGGGGCCGGGCCACCUCCACCGGCUGACAACACCACCCUGCUGGUCAAGGGCCCCUACCUUUUCUUUCACUACGAUCACCCAGAGUCCCUGGCUCUCGGCCCGGCAGGACCGACUCCGGCCCCCUCGGCGCCCGAUCGCUCGCUUCGUGACAUCCUGGCCGGCCUGGAGCGCCUGUCCACCGAGGCCGGCACCGCCGCCGGCACCGCCACGACUGGCGGCAUGGCCCCCCUGACGGCCGAUGCGGGGUGGGGCUGUGCCUACCGGUCGCUUCAGACACUGGCCUCCCACUAUGCGUUUGCGGCGCGCGCGCGACUACGCGUCGCUGCCUCCCGCGGGGAGUCUCCCCAAUCGCCAGCCACCGCGACCCUGCCACUGCCGGACGAUCGCCUGCCCGGCGAGCCGCUGCUUGUCCCGUCGGUGGCCGCUCUGCAAGAGGUCAUUCGGCGGCACCUCGGCACGCCGUCCCUCGGCUCGGCAGAGUGGAUCGGCACGGCCGAGGUGGCACAAUUGAUGGAUCUCCUCUACGAGGUCCCCUGCCGAGUGGUGCACAUGGCACCUGGUGCGGGACUCCCCCUCGAGACUCUGGUCAAUCACUUCAUGACGGUGGCCACUCCGGUGAUGCUUGGCGGCAACUCCAAGGCCUUCACCAUCCUUGGCAUCAGCCUGGCGGGGGACGACGCGCUGGACCUCCCGGCGCACGUCCCCCUGUCAUGCCCCGGUGUGCGUCUGCUCAUGCUAGACCCCCAUAUUGUCUGGCAAAAGGCCUGGUCCGGCGAGGCAGCACACGCGGAGUACAUCGGAGCCCUUCUCCGGCAAGGCGCCUGCCAGUGGAAGCCCCUGCAUGCCAUUUUCCAAACGGACACCUUCUACAACUUCUGCCUCCCCAUCAAGCGAGGCGACUGAAGCCCGCCUCACCUCCGCCUGCAGCAAUACAAAAAAAAGGCACAGCACA